ACAGCUGGGGUUUUGCGUUUGUGGGGCGUGCAGUGUACGAACUGACGGAGGCUUUUUGGUCAGCAGCAACUUUGAAUUCGGAAAAAGUUUUGAACAGAAUUUGCAGAUCUGCUGCUCCUUGGGACCGCCCAGCAGCAGACACUCCGCAGCCACUUUACAGAAGUUGGACAAAAAACCAAAACGAAAUUUACGAAACUUUUUCUCCCCAAGAGCGGCAGCAACUCGAGUUCAUUCGCUACAAGAUUCCCCCAGAAACGCCUUCUGGGGAUCUGUGCAUUCUAAUGCUGGGAGAGUUCGACAAGGAAUGGACGGAGCCAGUGCAGCAGGCAGACCCUCCGCUGCCGCCGCAGUCGUGGCUGGCGAGAAGCAGAAAAGAAGAAUUGGAAGUUGCUGCUGCCAAAGGUGCUGCUGUUCUCAAGGGCAGCAAGCACUGGUAA